AUAUGUUUGUGAGACGAGUCGAGUCGAAAUAUAAACACAGCCGAGCAGAACUGUCCGUGUCUUAUGAAUUGAAUCGGAAAUAGCCGCUUUUAUUAUUUCAUUUGCUUUGUUAGAAAGGAGGAAGUGCUUUAUUUGAUUGAUCAACCUUCAUUAUGAUUUCCGAAGUAGACCUCAUAAAUAAGGACAGUACAGUACGAGUUGCUGUCAGAAUCCGACCUCAAAACUCAAGAGAGCUGAUAGAUAUGUGUCGCAUUUGCACGACAGUAACCUUUGGAGAACCUCAGAUUUUUCUUGGAUCGGACAAAGCCUUUACUUUCGACUAUGUCUUUGAUACUAAUUCUAAUCAGUGUGAUAUAUACUCGGAAUGCGUGGAGCGGUUGGUGGAUAGUACGCUGCGUGGCUAUAACGCCACCGUGCUAGCUUACGGACAAACCGGAUCUGGCAAGACGUACACAAUGGGCACUGGUUUCGACCAUGAAUCCGAAUCAUCCGAGUCCGUUCUGCUUGGCAUUAUUCCACGGGCGGUUCGCCACAUAUUUAGUGGUAUCGAACACCUGGAAGGGGGUGGCUCUGGCUCUGGCUCAGAACUCCCAGCGGCUGGUGGAAAUCCGCAGUUCAGUCUGGCUGUUCAAUAUAUCGAACUAUACAACGAGGAAAUAUUUGAUCUAUUGGACCCAUACAACAAAAAUAGCAAUUUUAAGAUACACGAAGACGCCAGCGGACAAAUAACAAUAUCUGGAGCUUCAAUAAAGCCAAUUUUCCAACCACAAGAUGCCUUAAAAUACCUUCAGCAAGGAGCUUUAGCUCGCACCACUGCUUCAACGAAAAUGAACGAUCAGUCGUCGCGAUCUCACGCUUUAUUUACUAUUUUCGUGCGCAGACAACGUUUACUUGCCCCGAACGACAAUGUUACGGAUAACGAUUUGGAAACCCUAACUUCCAAGUUUCACUUUGUGGAUCUGGCUGGUUCCGAAAGGCUCAAAAGGACUCAGGCCACCGGCGAACGUGCUCGCGAGGGCAUAUCCAUAAAUUGCGGGCUACUCGCCCUGGGUAAUUGUAUUUCGGCGCUCGGAGAUAAAUCUAAGAGAGCUUUGCACGUACCCUAUCGAGACUCGAAAUUGACCCGCCUUCUUCAGGACUCGUUGGGCGGCAAUAGUCAGACUUUAAUGAUCGCCUGCGUGUCGCCAAGCGAUCGAGACUUUAUGGAAACACUGAAUACCUUGAAGUACGCAAACCGCGCACGGAAUAUCAAAAACAAAGUUAAGCUUAACCAAGAUCAGAGUUCUCGAACUAUAUCCCAACUACGUAGGGAAAUUGCAGCACUGCAGAUGGAGUUAUUAGAAUACAAACAGGGUAAGCUAGUGGUGGAUUGCGAAGGAAACACAACAAUUUCGGAUACAUUUAAUGAGAACACGUUGCUUCUUUCGCAAAACAAACGACUGCAACAACGGCUCAAGUUGUUACAAAACACCAUUGCCACUUUGACUGAAAGGAAUGCAGAACUGAAAAUAAAAUUGGAUUCCAAUAAGUGGACUAGUGACGAUAGUUCUGAUUUCGAAAUAACGAAAGUGGUCGGACAAUAUAUGCUGGAGAUCGAACAACUCAAGACUCAACUAAUUGAGUCUGAAGAACAUCGAAAGCUAAUGAAAAUUUCAGCCGCACACUCACCCAAAAACACCAAGCCCGUAUAUGAUGGCGAUAUCAUAACCAAGGCUAAACGGGAUUUGGAAAGGGAAAGGGAGCUCUUAAUGUCGCGUUCAUUGCCAGGAGUUCAAAAUCAAAACGUUAGCUCCGAAGAAGCAGAGGCUGGCAGUAGUGAUUCGGAAGCGGAAGGGGUAGUAAAAGACUUGGAAGCCGUAGAAAACGAUAUCGAAAUGAGAACCAAGCUAAUUGAACAGUUGGAGCUGACCAAUGAGAGAUGCGAACUAAUGCGAAUGCAGUACGAAGAAAAACUAUCCGUGUUGUAUUGCAAAAUCGAGAACACGCAAAAAGAACGAGACGAUGUCUUGGCCAAUAUGGCUUCAUCUGUAUCAACCCCGUCAAAGGAUACCUUGAAAAAAGUGAAGACAGAUUAUGAAGGCAAGAUAAGCAACAUGCAAUUCGAGCUAAAGAAAUUGCAGAACGCCCAGAGAGAACAUCUUCGCCAGCAGCAAAAACUCAAGUCCCACGAAGUCAAAAUAAACACGCUGCGCAGCGAGCUGAAUGAGCUGAAAUUCACAAAAGUAAAGUUAAUGAAGAAGAUGUCGCAACAAUCAAGCCGCCAUAAAGAAGAGGAUAGUCGAAAAUCCAAGGAAAUUGCUCAGUUGCUAAAGGAACAGCGGCGCCAAAAAAAUGCUGUAAUAUCUUUGGAAGCCAAAGUGAGUGCGAAGGAACAAAUUCUGAAGCGAAAAACAGAGGAAGUGAUAGCCCUUCGCAAGAGUCAAAGGGGCAAGUCAGGCCAAAGAGCCCCUCCUCAUUUAGCUUCGAAAAUUGCUACGUUGGAUGGUUUCACAUCUCGCGCCGCAAGACAUCGAUGGGAAAAACUAUAUCGCACAAUAUUGAACGCUGCCAGAAACAGACAGCUAAUCACGCAAUUGGAAAAGGAGCUGGAACGACUAAUAUUGGAGCGGGAAGAUCUCUCCCGAGAGCUAAACAUAAUGGAAAAUAGUUCAGGCGCCGAAAGGCGAACAGAUGAGUUCAACGAAGUAGACAACCUAAAAACCAACAUAAGCUAUAUUCAGGAGAACAUAGAGCAUGUACAGCAGGCUAUAAUGGAGUUUGAAGACACAAAAGACACUGUGCAGAGCGAUCUAAACAAGAUUCAGAGUCUGUUGGACGAGAUCUCCACCGUGUCGGAAGCGAAAUUCAUUCUUCAGAAGUUUUCCGACAGUUCCGUAGUAAUGUCGUGCAACUUGGCCAUUGCCGAAUCCCGUUCGCAGGAGCAGGAAUCGCUGCUUAAGGAAGCUAAGCAAGAAAAUGGCAUUCAGCAGCAAAUAUUGCAACACUUCCUGUCGCAAAAUAGUAAUGUGCAUAUAGCUGACAUAUUUGAUUCCUUAAAUCUCAAAGGCAGUAACCUCAUAAAUAGUGUAAACCCGGGUUCUCAAAAGUCGUUAGUAAGCAAUGCCACAUAUGACAUCCCGCAAGAGGACAAAAUUUCAGACUCCAUGCAUGUGGAAAUGCGCAGGACGACGAGUAGAAGUCCUUCGCCGUUUGCAAAUGCAGACCCGUUUGACAAAAGCCCCAAAGUGCGCAGACGGACUGCCAAGCGACAAGAUCUUCUUUUUGGUGACAUGGAACUUCCAGAACAGACCAAUGAUAAGAUGACGUGAUCAAGCACUCGAAGAUGAGGUCAUUUAAGGCAAGCCGCAGUUGGAACUAAUAUUAAUUAUAACCUCUAGCGAACAAAUAAUCAAAAGACAGGGCCAUUAUUUUCGAAGGUAACCUAAACUAAGUUACUUUGUCCCUAUUUAAAAUCAAAAUGAAGUUUGUAAUAAGUUUUGUCCCUUGUACUGGCUUUCAAAUCAAAAGAGCUUUUAACACAAUAAAAGUGGUGUUAAGGAUAAGAUGUAUGGAAGAUUAAGUAAAGAGCUCGUGCAAUUGGUGUCUUCCCAGUUAACACAAUAAAAAUAUACAAUAGAAAA